AUGGCUCGGUUAUCUGGCAGAAGCCGUGGCUGUAGAACAUGCCGUGAGAGGAGGAUCAAGUGCGAUGAGAAGACACCAGAAUGCUCUCAGUGCGUGCGACUGGGCAAGAAAUGCCCUGGGGCAGUGACGGGCCUGAUUGUUUUCGAAGCAACCCCCGUAAACCCAAAAAAGUUCCAGCCAUUGAAAGAAAACAAGCCCCCGUCUUCGCAGGCACCGGCAGCCGCUGUGUCACUAGGUAGCGAUAUUGUGCUAGGAUCUGGGGCACUAGACCCGUUCUCUUCCAUGGCCGUGCCCUUGGACCCCGCCACUAAUGUUUAUUUUCAGCACUUUGUGCUACAUACUGCCAGAUGUUGCUUACCGUACAGUCCGGCAAUCCUGGGUGUAUGGUCCUGGCAGGAGGCCAUGACCCAGCCGGCCAUCCAUUUCGGCGUGCUCUCCAUGGCUGCAUCCCACCGUUUCCAUCUACUGCACGAGGAGAGCGGAAAGAAUACUAGUAUUCAGGAGAUCCGUCGAUCGCUCGAGUACCGCCACGAAAUUCUACGCAUCACCCAAGAAAGCUUGGCGGAGGUAGCCCCGUCGCCUUCCAAGGUCACUUCCAUUGUGGUCAUGAUCGCUUAUCUUCUUUGCAUAGAGGGCGCUAAUGCGAAUUUCGAGGCCAUUGAUGCACAUAUUGCUGGACUCAACGACUUUCUACAGAGCAUCGGCGGUAUCGAUGUCUUGGACCUGCCCACUAUCGCCUUCUUGAUGGGUGUGGAUAUACUUUGUGCGAUAACGAUGGGCACCCCACCAGGACUGCCCGUCUCGCAAAAAUGGGCAGCCGUGGCGAUGGAGCAUCCGGUUAUUCGCGUUUCCUUUUCGCCCAUAGACGAUCCCGAGUCGGACAGCAUACCAAGAGGGAUAUUUAAGCUACUAGGAUCCCGUUUCUCCAAUGCCGCCUGGUCGAAGCUUCUUGAUCGCCCCUUGAGAAACACGAUACAAAAUGCCUGUCGACUAAUCAUCCACUACGAGACCGAUGAGCUGCGACUGGAGAAUGAAAAGAUAGUGAACUAUGGCGAUAAUGACCCCUGGAUGCUGGCGCAACGGUACCUACUAUCUCUAUCGUAUGACCAUCUUGGCCCAGUCGAUAUCCGGGAACCACUCCGACGGUCAAUACUGGUCUUGACCAUGACUCGCUACUGCAAGUUUGGCGUAUUUCCAUGCAUGGAUACGAUUGCGAAGAACCUUAAGAGCUCCCUUGUUACCCGCCUAAACCUUUUUCAGACCGUCGCCCCAGACUUAUUCUUUUGGAUUUUAUACACGGGAGCUCUGGCGGCUCGGGCUCGAAAGAGGUCGGCGAUUUAUCGCUGGUAUUGCGAAAGCCUUGCGGAGGCCUCGGCUGCCUUGAGAGUGAACGACUGGAAUGAGACGGAGCCACUCCUCGAGCAGUUUCUGUACGUCUCGAGAGCUUCGGACCGUGCAGCAGAGGAUGUAUGGCGAGAUGUGAUAUCGUUACGCAAUAAGUGA